AUGGGGACCGCGGUAUCACCAGCAGAAGAUGGAGGCUACGACGAGCUAGCUUCUCUGAUGGUUAGAGAUAAGGGCCUGUCGACCUUUCGCUCAUACAUGAAGCUCAAUACGCAGAACCUGCUCAUCCUCCAGGCCGAGAUUACACUUACAGAGAAGGAACUCAGAAAGAUUAUGCAGGAGGAUCAAGACUCGGGUAACUUCCACCGCGAGAAGUACAGAGCCUGCGUGUCGUAUAUGAAGGAAGGCUUUGAAUCAUCGGCGCAGUGGGAGAAGUGGAUGGUCCUGAGAGAUCUAUUGGAAAAAUACAACACCGCAUUGGCGCAACACAGACAACUACUCCAGUAUAAGCAGCCGCAUAGAAAUGACCUGCGGUUGCUUAAACAGUGGCUGGAAAACUAUACCCAGUUCUACGGCACUGCCGAGUAUGACCAAUGGUUCGGCACGGAAGAGCACGAACGGGACCUUAUCGCACUGUCUGCGCGAUACCAGAACGUCGAUCCACUGACGAGGUGGGUGUUCGGGGUCUGUAUCCCGUUCUGGCACGGCCACGUAUCCAUGCAAUAUAACAAAAUCUUCAAGUCUGCUCAGCCCAAGGCAGACAUUGAGACAGGGACAGUCUAUUAUAGAGACGAGAAGAUCAUCCGUGGAACGAGAAUAGCAAGCACAUUGAUAUCCUCUAUUAUCCCGGCCAGUUCGAUGAUAGUACUAUACUUUGUUGACAAUCUGAUUAUCCGGCUGGCCAUCAUCAUUAUAUAUAAUGUUGCGUUUUCAAUCUUCAUCGGCUUGUUGGCGAGGGCUAGACGAGUUGAAGUAUUUGCGACUUCUACAGCCUUUGCCGCCGUCCAGGUUGCGUUCAUCACCAAUUUCCCGCAGGCCUGA